CCACAUCUGGUGCCGAGCUCAAGGUGAUGCGGCAGUCCGCGGGCGGGCGCUCGUACGCGGUAUCGGGCAUCUACAGCUCGCUCCCGCCGAGGGCUGUGAUGCUCGAGGUCGCUGGGUGCAACGGCGGCGUCUGCGGCGCGUUCUCCGAUAUGAACGCCUUUUUUGGCGACGGGUUCGAACCGUUGAUGGCUGGAUUGAGCGCGGUGAUGCUCAGCUUUGGCGCAUCGAGUGCGGUCGAGAUCCGCCUCUACCGUGGGGCCGCCGCGACGUUCGACGCGGCGUGCGGCACCAACAGCGCGACCGCGGCGGAGUAUCGGACCACGUGGGGGCUGCACCCGUUUCCCCACGCCGAGCAGAAGCUGGCCCAGCAUCAGAGCGGCGAUUGCCUUGAUCUGCUGGUCCAGUUCGACCUCGGGCUCUCGAUCAUGUCGGCAGCGGACCGCAACGCCAGCGGCCACUCGGUGGCGCGCACGAGGACGUCGCACAACCGCAACGUGGCGAAGUUCCUCGAGCAGAACCACCCGAACAAGGCCGUGCGCGCGAUCGACCUGCCGCUGCACGACAUCAUCGAGGCGCUGAAGCCCGCUGCGGCGUAUUCGGUCGUCGAGAGCGCGGCGAAGGCCGGCGCGGCAGUUGCAGGCGCGGCCUCGCUUAUGGCUGCAAGGGGCGCGCUGGCCAAGGCGAGCGCGACCCGCCCUGACGCCGCUCUCGCGCUGGUCGCUGCGUCGGUCGCCGGCAUCGACGACGAGAACAAGGUCGAGCAGCGCGUCGUGGGCCAGCGGUACUCGGUGCUCCACCUCUGCCCUGCGCGCGGCGUGGGCGCGGUGAUGGCCCCGCCGACGCCCAUGGUGUCGUCGAUGAUGCCGAUCAACGGGAUCGCCAUGCUGGACUCCUCGGCCCACCGCCACGCAGCAGUGCGCUUCUCGACCCGCGCGCCUUCGCAGGAGAUGGCGUUCGUCUGGGCCGCUGUGCGCGUCGCUGAGGCCCUGCCCCCCGAGGCCCGCGCAGCACUGGCGGCGUCCUGCGCUGCAGCCAUCGCCGGCGCGGUCAACUGGGCGCGCCGCGCUGGCCGUGCCCUCGGCGGCGGCGCCGCGUUCAACGCCAGGCGCGUCAAGGUUAUUAUCGACGCUUGCGAGAGGCUGAGCAGCGACCCGAAGCUGCGAGGCGCCGCCACGGACAUGACGUCCCUCCUGAUGUCCAAGGCGCCCUUCGCGCGCGUGCUCGGCUCGUUCGCGCUGACCCAGGCGAUCUCCGAGGCCAGCGAGCCGCUUACGUUCGCCGCGUCGAUGGUCCGCUCCUCCCUGACGUCCAUCGGCUCCGACCUGCUUGCCCCCGUCGGCGCCGCCGUCGCCGAGCUGGACAGCAACGACAUGGCUGCCGCGAUCACCGCGGCGGUGAAUGCCGCGCCCGCCGUGUCGGAGCUGCUGAUGGUCGGCGCCGUGGCGGCCGAGAUCGACGCGCCGCUCGGCGGCGCUGGCUCGUCUCUUCACGCGGCCGCCCUGGGGCUGCUCGCUCGCCGCCGCGCCGAGCGUAUCGCGAUCUCGGGGCUGCGCGACGCCACCGCGAUCGAG